CUCCGCAGGCGCGGGCGGGAGGGGUCGGGGCGCGGCGCGGUGCGGCGCGGGCGGCUCCGGGCCCAGGUGAAUGGAGUAACCUGACAGCGGGAACGAGGCGACGGCGAGCGGCAGGAAAUGGCGGCGGCGGCGGCGGCGCCGGGCGGCACCGGGAGGCCUGGGCUGUGACGCGCGCGCCGGAGCGGGGUCCGAUGGUUCUGGAAGGCCCGCGGCGCCCAGUGCUGCAGGUUACCUAGGGUAUGCAUAAAUACAGACUUGGAAACUCUGAAAGAACUUAGAGUCAGCAUUUCGAGAGCUGAAGCUUGGGCAUGCUGUGAGUUUCCAAUAAGGUAUCACAAUGUCAGAAUGCAGUUCAGACAGCAACAACACAGCGCUCGCAGACAUUAAAACGUAAGCUGUGCUAGAACAAAAUGCAAUGAAAGAAACACUGGAUGAAUGAAAAGCCCUGCUUUGCAGCCCCUCAGCAUGGCAGGCCUGCAGCUCAUGACCCCUGCUUCCUCACCAAUGGGUCCUUUCUUUGGACUGCCAUGGCAACAAGAAGCAAUUCAUGAUAACAUUUAUACGCCAAGAAAAUACCAGGUUGAGCUGCUGGAGGCAGCUCUGGACCAUAACACCAUUGUGUGCUUGAACACUGGCUCAGGGAAGACGUUCAUCGCGGUCCUGCUCACCAAAGAGCUGGCGCAUCAGAUCAGGGGCGACCUCAAUCCGCACGCAAAAAGGACUGUGUUCCUCGUCAACUCUGCAAACCAGGUUGCUCAACAAGUGUCAGCUGUCAGAACUCAUUCAGAUCUCAAGGUUGGGGAGUACUCAAACCUAGAAGUAAAUGCAUCUUGGACAAAAGAGAGAUGGAGCCAAGAGUUUACUAAGCACCAGGUUCUCAUUAUGACUUGCUAUGUCGCCCUGAAUGUUUUGAAAAAUGGUUACUUAUCACUGUCAGACAUUAACCUGUUGGUGUUUGAUGAGUGUCAUCUUGCGAUUCUGGACCACCCCUAUCGUGAAAUUAUGAAGCUCUGUGAAAGUUGUCCAUCAUGCCCUCGAAUUUUGGGACUAACUGCUUCCAUUUUAAAUGGGAAAUGUGAUCCAGAGGAAUUGGAAGAAAAGAUUCAGAAACUGGAGAAGAUUCUCAAGAGUGACGCUGAGACAGCAACUGACCUGGUGGUCCUGGACAGAUACACUUCUCAACCUUGUGAGAUUGUGGUAGAUUGUGGACCAUUUACUGACAGAAGUGGGCUCUAUGAAAGAUUGCUGAUGGAGUUAGAAGAAGCACUUAAUUUUAUCAAUGACUGUAAUAUAUCUGUACAUUCAAAGGAAAGAGAUUCUACUUUGAUUUCCAAACAAAUCCUCUCAGACUGCCGUGCAGUGUUGGUUGUUCUGGGGCCCUGGUGUGCAGAUAAAGUCGCUGGGAUGAUGGUGAGAGAGCUUCAGAAGUACAUCAAACACGAGCAAGAGGAGCUGCACAGGAAGUUCCUACUGUUUACAGACACGUUGCUAAGGAAAAUCCAUGCACUGUGUGAAGAGCACUUCUCCCCUGCCUCACUUGACCUGAAGUACGUCACUCCCAAAGUCACGCAGCUGCUGGAGAUCCUGCGCAAAUACAAGCCCUACGAGCGGCAGCAGUUUGAGAGUGUUGAGUGGUACAACAACAGGAAUCAGGACAAUUAUGUGUCCUGGAGUGAUUCGGAGGGCGACGACGAUGACGAAGAAAUUGAAGAAAAAGAAAAGCCAGAGACAAAUUUUCCUUCUCCGUUUACCAAUAUUUUAUGUGGAAUUAUUUUUGUGGAAAGAAGAUACACAGCAGUUGUCCUAAACAGAUUGAUAAAGGAAGCUGGCAAACAAGACCCAGAGCUGGCUUAUAUCAGCAGCAACUUUAUAACUGGACAUGGCAUUGGAAAGAACCAGCCUCGCAGCAAACAGAUGGAGGCAGAGUUCAGAAAGCAGGAGGAGGUACUUAGGAAAUUUCGAGCGCAUGAGACCAACCUGCUCAUUGCAACAAGUGUUGUAGAAGAGGGUGUGGAUAUUCCCAAGUGCAAUUUGGUGGUUCGCUUUGAUUUGCCCACAGAGUAUCGAUCAUAUGUUCAGUCUAAAGGGCGGGCCCGAGCGCCGAUCUCUAAUUACGUAAUGUUAGCAGAUACAGACAAGAUAAAGAGCUUUGAAGAAGACCUCAAGACCUACAAAGCUAUAGAAAAGAUCUUAAGAAACAAGUGUUCAAAGUCGGUGGAUGGUGCUGAGGCUGACGUCCAUGCCGUAGUGGAUGAUGAUGAUGUCUUUCCGCCAUAUGUACUGAGGCCCGAUGAUGGGGGUCCUCGAGUCACGAUCAACACUGCCAUUGGACACAUCAACAGAUACUGUGCUCGAUUACCAAGUGAUCCGUUUACGCAUCUAGCUCCCAAAUGUAGAACCCGAGAAUUGCCUGAUGGUACAUUUUAUUCAACUCUUUAUCUUCCGAUUAACUCACCUCUUCGAGCCUCCAUUGUUGGUCCACCAAUGGGCUGUGUACGGUUGGCUGAAAGAGUGGUAGCUCUCAUUUGCUGUGAAAAACUGCACAAAAUUGGGGAACUGGAUGAGCACCUGAUGCCGGUUGGGAAAGAGACCGUGAAGUACGAAGAGGAACUGGACCUACACGACGAGGAGGAGACCAGCGUUCCCGGGAGACCAGGCUCCACAAAGCGACGGCAGUGCUACCCCAAAGCGAUUCCAGAGUGUUUGAGGGAGAGCUACCCCAAACCUGACCAGCCAUGUUACCUAUAUGUGAUAGGAAUGGUCUUAACUACCCCCCUCCCUGACGAGCUCAACUUCAGGCGGCGGAAGCUCUACCCACCCGAGGACACCACAAGAUGCUUUGGGAUCCUGACAGCCAAACCCAUACCUCAGAUUCCUCACUUUCCUGUGUAUACACGCUCUGGAGAGGUCACCAUAUCCAUCGAGCUGAAGAAGUCUGGUUUCACGUUAUCUCAACAAAUGCUUGAGCUGAUUACAAGACUGCACCAGUACAUAUUCUCACAUAUUCUUCGGCUUGAGAAGCCUGCCCUGGAGUUUAAACCUACAGGCGCUGAGUCAGCAUACUGUGUUCUACCUCUUAAUGUUGUUAAUGACUCUAGCACUUUGGACAUUGACUUUAAAUUCAUGGAGGAUAUUGAGAAGUCUGAAGCUCGCAUAGGCAUUCCCAGUACUAAGUAUUCAAAAGAAACACCGUUUGUUUUUAAGUUAGAAGAUUACCAAGACGCAGUUAUCAUUCCAAGAUACCGCAAUUUUGAUCAGCCUCAUCGAUUUUAUGUAGCUGAUGUAUAUACUGAUCUUACCCCACUCAGUAAAUUCCCUUCCCCCGAAUAUGAAACUUUUGCAGAAUAUUAUAAAACAAAGUAUAACCUUGACCUGACCAAUCUCAACCAGCCACUGCUGGAUGUUGACCACACAUCUUCCAGACUGAACCUUUUGACACCUCGGCAUUUGAAUCAGAAGGGGAAAGCACUUCCUCUAAGCAGUGCUGAAAAGAGGAAAGCCAAAUGGGAAAGUCUGCAGAACAAACAGAUACUGGUUCCAGAACUCUGUGCUAUACAUCCAAUCCCAGCAUCACUGUGGAGAAAAGCAGUUUGUCUCCCCAGCAUACUGUAUCGCCUUCACUGCCUUCUGACUGCAGAGGAACUAAGAGCUCAGACAGCCAGCGAUGCUGGCGUGGGAGUCAGGUCGCUUCCUGCGGAUUUUAGAUACCCUAACUUAGACUUUGGGUGGAAAAAGUCUAUUGAUAGCAAGUCUUUCAUCUCAACCUGUAACUCCUCGUUGGCUGAGAGUGAGAGUUACUGUAAGCACAGCACAACUGUAGUCCCUGGGAAUGCUGCACAUCACGGUGCUACUAGACCCUCCUUAGAGAACCACGACCAAAUGUCUGUGAACUGCAAGAGGCUGCCCGCCCAGUCACCUGCUAAGCUCCAAAGUGAGGUUUCAACAGAUCUUACAGCAAUUAAUGGUCUUUCUUACAAUAAAAACCUUGCCAAUGGCAGUUAUGAUUUAGUUAACAGAGACUUUUGCCAAGGAAAUCAGCUGAAUUACUUCAAGCAGGAAAUACCUGUACAACCAACUACCUCAUAUCCCAUUCAGAAUUUAUACAAUUAUGAGAACCAGCCCAAGCCCAGCAAUGAAUGUCCUCUACUGAGUAAUAAGUACCUUGAUGGGAACGCUAACACAUCUACCUCAGACGGAAGCCCCGCGGUGUCCACGAUGCCUGCCAUGAUGAAUGCUGUUAAAGCACUCAAGGACAGGAUGGACUCUGAGCAGAGCCCUUCUGUUGGGUACUCCUCAAGGACUCUUGGCCCCAAUCCGGGACUGAUUCUUCAGGCUUUGACACUGUCAAACGCUAGUGAUGGGUUUAACCUGGAGCGGCUUGAGAUGCUUGGCGACUCCUUUUUAAAGCAUGCUAUCACCACGUAUCUGUUUUGCACGUACCCUGAUGCUCACGAGGGCCGCCUUUCAUAUAUGAGAAGCAAAAAGGUCAGCAACUGUAACCUGUAUCGCCUUGGCAAGAAGAAGGGACUGCCCAGCCGCAUGGUGGUGUCGAUAUUUGAUCCUCCUGUGAAUUGGCUUCCUCCUGGUUAUGUGGUAAACCAAGACAAAAGUAACCCUGAGAAAUGGGAAAAGGAUGAAGUGACAAAAGACUGCUUGCUGGCUAAUGGCACCCUGGGUGAGGACUGUGAGGAGGAGGAGGAGCUGCCGUGGAGGGCUCCCAAGGAGGAGGCUGAGUAUGAGGACGACUUCCUGGAGUACGACCAGGAGCACAUCCAGUUCAUAGACAGCAUGCUAAUGGGAUCAGGAGCCUUCGUGAAGAAAAUUUCUCUUUCUCCCUUUUCAACCUCUGAUUCUGCAUAUGAAUGGAAAAUGCCCAAAAAGUCCUCCUUGGGCAGUCUGCCGUUUUCCUCAGACCUCGAGGAUUUCGAUUACAGCUCUUGGGAUGCAAUGUGCUAUCUGGAUCCUAGCAAAGCCGUUGAAGAGGAUGACUUUGUGGUAGGCUUCUGGAAUCCGUCAGAAGAAAACUGUGGCGUUGACACGGGGAAGCAGUCCAUCUCUUACGACUUGCACACGGAGCAGUGCAUUGCCGACAAGAGCAUAGCGGACUGUGUGGAGGCCCUGCUGGGCUGCUACUUAACCAGCUGCGGGGAGAGGGCUGCUCAGCUCUUCCUCUGUUCGCUGGGGCUGAAGGUGCUCCCAGUCAUUAAAAGGACCAGCUGGGAGAAGGCCUCACACCCCGCUCAGGAGAGCGGCAGCAGCCAACAAAAGAUCCUUGCAGGGAGCUGUGCUGCUGCAGUUGGCCCGCGCUCCUCUGCAGGGAGAGACUUGGAGUACGGCUGCUUGAAGAUCCCACCAAGGUGUAUGUUUGACCAUCCAGAUGCAGAGAGAACGCUGAGCCACCUGAUAUCUGGGUUUGAAAAUUUUGAGAAGAAAAUCAACUACAGAUUCAAGAAUAAGGCUUACCUUCUGCAGGCUUUUACACAUGCCUCCUACCACUACAAUACUAUCACUGAUUGUUACCAGCGCUUAGAAUUCCUGGGAGAUGCGAUUUUGGACUACCUCAUAACCAAGCACCUUUAUGAAGACCCUCGGCAGCAUUCUCCAGGGGUCCUGACUGACCUGCGUUCUGCCCUCGUCAACAACACCAUCUUUGCAUCCUUGGCUGUGAAGUACGACUACCACAAGUACUUUAAAGCUGUCUCUCCUGAGCUCUUUCAUGUCAUUGAUGACUUUGUGCAGUUUCAGCUUGAGAAGAACGAGAUGCAAGGAAUGGACUCGGAGCUUAGGAGAUCCGAGGAGGAUGAGGAGAAAGAAGAGGAUAUCGAAGUCCCCAAGGCCAUGGGGGACAUUUUUGAGUCUCUCGCUGGUGCCAUUUAUAUGGACAGUGGGAUGUCUCUGGAGGUGGUCUGGCAGGUGUACUAUCCGAUGAUGCGGCCUCUAAUAGAAAAGUUUUCUGCAAAUGUGCCUCGUUCUCCAGUGAGAGAAUUGCUCGAGAUGGAACCAGAAACUGCCAAGUUUAGCCCAGCAGAGAGAACUUACGACGGGAAGGUCAGAGUCACCGUGGAAGUGGUGGGGAAGGGGAAAUUUAAAGGUGUCGGCCGGAGCUACAGGAUCGCAAAGUCUGCUGCAGCACGCAGAGCCCUCCGCAGCCUCAAAGCUAACCAGCCUCAGGUUCCUAACAGCUGAAGCCUCCAGACUCACGGCGGCAAGGCAGCGAACCAGACCACAGCAACAUGUCACAAAGGAUGAGUCAAGCUGACACAGUGAAAAAUUGAAGGCAGAAUUUAAAGUUUGAUAAUGAGAUAGAUAACAGAAUAAAACCUUCAAUAUGUGUAUAAACUCUUUGGAACUAAUUGUAGCUUUAGUUUUUUGCGCAGACACAAUCUUGUCUUCUUUACCCACCCCUGCUUUGUUUAGUCACAGGAGUGCUUUAAUGCUGGUAUUUAUUAGCAAGUUGUGAAAUCAUUUUGACAGGUUUGUUUGUUUGUUUGUUUGUUUUUACAGUUAAUUUCUGUUGACUUUGCUUGAUGUUAGAGGCCACAGAGCCUAACCCUUUAACAGUCCCAGAACUAGGGAGUCCUGACCUUGCGGUCCCUCCACACUAGUACCUGUCCUGCUGCAGUUGUCAAGCCCAACAAAACAAACAGUGUGCAAAGGAAGCUCCCGUGGGCAGUGGAGGAGGGGGCAGGGCAGACCCCGGUUGCUGUUGCACGGUUUGUAAGGGACAGAUUGAGUCAGUGUUGGCCGUUGAUGAGUCGAGGCCAUGUUUUCAGAUGCCACACAGUGCUGCAUAGAGGGUUCUUGCCUUAAAAGUAAGGACUUGAUAGUUUGCUGUCUUAGUGCGCCUUUCCCUUUAUCUUAGGCAUUAGAUGAGAUGGGUGGCAGCUCACUAGGGCACCUGCAAUGGAGCUAUUGCAGGUAGGUUUCUGUUGCGUGGACUGAAGGCACUCUAAAGCCCAGAGUGAGUGUGUGGAGUUUUAAAGUGUCAUUAUAGACAGGAGAUGGGGCUGGAUGCCCAGUUUUCCUCAGAACUUCCUGCCAGGUGGUCCCAGUGGAGGAAAUGCUUGCCCAGUCGGCCGUGGUUCUGACAAAACGAGCCUGAGAUGUUGCAGUACACCUAGAUGUGUUGCAGGUGUGUGCUGGAGCACAUCCUGACUGCUGGCAGUACUGCCGGAGUCACCAAAGCUGUGCCGUCAGUCCCAUGGGGUCAGCACUGAGGCCAACUGCCAGGCCUGACCCAUCUGGGGUGGAAGUCGCUAGUUUAGAUAAACUAGGUCAUUAGUUCAUCUCAGAAUCAGAGAAACUAUAGCUGUUUAGGCAUUUGCUGAAGCGUUCUGACUGGGCUUGUGGGCCCUCUUCACUUACACACCUCAGUCCCCUCCCUUUGCCUGCAUUUUCCCGUUGGUGCUAUGUUUAUGUAUCAUGCUUGAAGUUUAAUUUUUUGCACUGUGACUAUAAUACCUCUUACUUUACAUUUUAAAAAUGCGCUAUGGGUUGCUCGUGCCCUCUCACCGACACACAGGAGAGCUUUGCUGCGAUUCGCCCUAUUACGCUUGAAGUUUCAGCAGGCUGAGCCAGGGUGGCUCGCACUUCCCACACAGCUCCUGAGGCUGAUGCUUCAUGUAAUGCUGCACUUAGGUUCAAGUCACCAGCCCCAGAGAGAUGCUGUGUGCCUGUGUGCUUGUGUGCUUGCGAGCACUCGGGCUGUCAGGAACCCCAUGUGAAGGGGAGAGUGAGCUUCUCCAAGGAUUAUGUGUUAUCGCCCAUCUGAAGAUCAAUCGGGAUCUGAAUAUUGUUUGGUAAAAUUAAUUUGGCUGACUCAUCUUAAAUAUUUACUUCUAACAUGAGAUUGUAGUUGUCUGUUUGAUUUAGAGCAUCCCUCUCCCCGUGCACACACAGACCUUAACGCAAGACAUCCUAGCACGUGCGAACCAGGUGAUCUUCUGAAUGUUGUAGCUAUAAUUUGUACAGUCAGAUAGUGAGGUAGGGUGGGAUUGUGGGAGGUGGAGUCCGUUGUCCUAUCACAGUCCUUGGUAAUUUAUAAACUACCUGAUUCUCUGCAUUGUGAUUGGUGCAUUUAUGUCCUGGGAUGCUCUGGCAUCCUGGCACCAAAAUCAGAUUGUUUCACAGUUCAAUUUCUGGUGGAAGAAAAUGCCUCAAUAUAUUUUGUAACAGUAAGGAGAGUAUUUUUUGUUAAUACUAAAAAGUUCAGAAUUGGAUAUGUUUAGAUCAUCCAUUCUCAGGGCUCAAUAUUUUGCCACUAUUCAGAAUGUUGUAUCAAUAGCAAACUUGGGCUGUUUUUCUUUUUUCUUCUUCUUCUUUUUUUUGGUUGCUGUUGGAUAAAAGUACCUAAUAAUUAAUUUGACUCUCAGUUUGAAUCAUACUGUGAUUUACCCAGAGACCAAGUUGGAAAAAUCAAAAAGUAUGAGUUAGACCCUGAUGAUCAGGAAUGCGUUUGUGUUGGGGAGUUGUCCCCAGGCUCACUGGUUGAAAGACUUUGCAUUUUAGAGAAAAAAAUUGUUCUAUUCCUCCCUUGAUGACUUUGUGUACCUCCUCUGCCAGUGUAGCAGGAGGAGGGUAAGCCAGCCAGCGCCCGUGAGGACAAAGCAGCUGCACAGAUCCUGUGCUGCGUGCUUGCUUGUCGGGGCUGCAGUGUUGAUCGCUAUGGCCCCUUUGCAGUCCAAGUCAGGCAGAGUAAGUGAGGCCCUGUCCUCUGUUGGCUUGUGUCUAUGUGGCACAGGCUGGGCAGGACUCCGGAUGCUCUGUCUGGCUACCAGGCACUCGUGCUUAACCCAGAGGGGAGGCCAUGCUUGGGCCUCGAUGUGGUUCUGCCUUGAGAACAUCCUUGGGAUGCCUGCAGCUUGUCACACACUUGCACACUUUAGCUAUUAUUAUUUUGUCCGUGGCAUUUUCUUCUAUCUGUAAAGUGAAAGCAUGGCAGAAAUUUGUUGACUAAACACUUAAUUAUGCUUUUUAAAUGUUUCGGUUACCUUUCUUUUUUUGUUUAUAUUAUGUGAAAUGAUUAAAUUUAGAAUAACCUCUAACACUCCUAUACUUAUCGUUUAAAAUACUGAUGUUUUUAUUUUCUUGACAGUAGUUCAUCCUCAGAUGCAGACACGCUGUGUAAUUAGCAGGGACUUGAGGCUGCUUCGGUUCUUGUUGUUCAGUUCCUGGGUACAGUCGCUCACCGGCAGCCACCAGACAGUGGCUGAGAGCGUGGAGAACAGUCAGAAACCCACAACCACCCGGUUUGCUUGUAGGGCUGUUGAUUUAAAACUACUCCUGGCUUGGUGAAGUCACCUAGUCCUCCUGCACAAACAACGCUGGCACACUGAGGCCUUGCACCUUUAUCUCACAGACCCUGAGCUGAGCUUACAGCUGCAUCCUUAGCCAACUCGGGCUCUGUGUCUCCUCUGUGCUUAACAACGCCCAAGAACCCAUAGCUUCCCACCUGCUGAUUGCUUCUCUGGAAUUUAAUUAUUUCUCAAUAAAAUCUGUAUUUUAUAUAUUGUACAUGAGACAUUUUAAAGAUAUAUAUUUAAGACCAAGGAUAGUUAAACUGACUGUAAAGGGGGUGUGUCUGCCAUGGAGACCGUGUGCUGUCAUGUCCACUGGCAGGAAAAAUGAUCACCUCAAACUAAGUUGCAGAUAUUAUUUUAUUCAUUAUUUUCUUGUCUGUUUUUCUUUGAUAAACAACCGCAGUUUAAAUGUCACAGACGGCCCCAGAAUUUGCUCGGCUGCUGGUUCCAUAGCAGAAGCACAGAGGUGACUGGGAGGAACAUAUUUGCCUUUUCUGUUGUAAAUAAAGGGAAAGGACUGACGAUGUCAGGCUGAGUGUUCAGCUGACAAUAAACUCAGUCCGUCACAGGCUGCAGCCUUUUAAAGAAACAUGUAUUUGUGCACACAGCUAUCACUGCAGCGCUGUGUAAGCACCUACGGACCACAGUUACCUUUAGUUUUUCUGUUUCGUUUCGUUUUUUUAAUAAUUGUAGCCAAUAAAAUUAUUGUCUGUA